GCAAGUUCAUAAAGUAAUCAGAGUUUGUGUCUUCAAGAGCAGCUCAAUGUUCCCAGAAGCAAUAUUUUUAUUUUUGCUUUUAAUACAAACUGCGCUUCUAAAUGAAGCCACAAAUGAAACCUUCGUGGUUGUUUCUACGACCGAGCGUCUUUCACCUCAAGACACCGGAGAACUCAACAAUCGGGUGAAAUCGUUAGAAUCACAAGUCGCUCUAAUUCAAAAAAUACUAGACGCACACAACUUGGACUUGGCAAAUUUAAAAAAACUCCCCCACAAACUAGAAAACAAGUUGCAGCAAACUGAAGCCCCAGCCACACAAAGUUUGCCCAGACAUUGUAAGGAAGUCCAAAAAAGAGGCUACAAUCAGUCCGAUGUCUAUUUUAUUCAACCCAGAACAGCCCCCGAGCCUUUUCUGGUUCAUUGCGACAUGGAAACAAAAGGGGGAGGUUGGACGUACGUUCUGAACAGAUUUGACGGAUCUCAGACGUUUGGUCUAGAUUGGGACAACUACAAGCGUGGGUUUGGUCUUCUAGACGGCGAAUUUUGGUUGGGUUUGGACUACAUACACUACCUUACAGGGUCCGAAAUUAACGAACUGCUUGUUGAAUUAGUAGAUUGGGACUCGAAAAAAGUGUACGCUUUGUAUAGUUCUUUCAGUAUUGGUAACGAGCAAGAGGGGUAUUUGUUGAAAUUGUUGAGAGGGUACAGUGGAAACGCUGGGGAUAGUUUGAGUUACCAUCUGGGUAUGAAAUUCAGCACAAAAGAUAGAGACCAUGAUGUUUGGAGUGGUAAUUGUGCCGCAUAUUCACCUGCAGCUUGGUGGUACAAGGAUUGUGACAAAGGUCAACUUACUGGUAGAUAUUUGGGGAGUAAAGUGGGAACGGGUGAUUCUUCAAAAGGUAUUUACUGGGACACGUUCCAUACAGGAAGUUAUAGUUUAAAAGAAGCAAGAAUGUUGGUCAGACCUGCAGUUUAAACAAAAUAAAAGCAUUUUCUACAAACAUAAAUAUUAUCAAUACUCGUUUUA